GAAUCUUAUAACCUAUAAAAACCAGACACACGGCCCAUGGGUAGCAAUAAGCCGUUGUAGAUACGGCAAAGAGCCAUGGAUACAUUAUUUGUGUUGAUUUUUUGUGCGUGCGCUUCUGGUGUGCAAGGGAACAUUUUCAGAAAUUACCACUAUGUAAUUGCACCAAACGUUAUUCGCCUGGACAGUCAAGAAAAAUUCCUGGUUGGCAUAUUAGGCAGUAACCGAACUCUGCAACUUGAUAUAUGGUUCGAGUAUCUAGAGCAACAGUUGCUGCGGCAGUCAGUCUGGAUAUAUAGCCCGGAAACUCCAGUCCUGGUCACUUUCAAAGUCACCGCAAAUGACCUCUUCGCAAAUGUUGAAGAUGUAAAAAAAACACGAAAUAAGCCGAAAACAAUCCGGCUUGUAUGUCAGGAUAAUUUAAAUAACAAGCAGAUCCAGGACAUUCCUCUCAGCUUCAAGUCCGGAUAUCUGAUCGUGCAGACUGAUAAGCCUUUGUACAACCCAACGCAAACAGUGAACGUUCGAGUGUUGGCUAUGGAUGAAAAUAUGAAACCUGUCAAGAACAAGUACCUGGAAAUCGAUUUGAUUAAUCCAUCAAAUAUGGCUGUCGGCAGGAAGCCAUUUCCACCCGGAAGUUCUAUCAACGGUUUCUAUAGAUGUGAUUUCGAGCUUCCGCCUUUUCCAGAAAUUGGAACAUGGACUAUCAAAGCAAAAUUUGGAGAUAUGUUGGAGACGUACGCUAUUGCCCCGAUUGACGUACGCGAAUUUGUACUUCCAACGUUUGGCAUACAUCUUGAGACGACACCUGCCUAUAUUUUGCCUACCGAUGAUACUGUAUCUGUCGCGAUUACUGCAAUGUACGUGUACGGAAAGGCGGUCGAUGGUACUGCUCGACUUCUCUUCGACAUUCGGAGGGAGGGGGAAGUAUCCAACAAUAAGACGAUAUUUACCAUGGAAAACGUACUGCAGCUAAGUAGCACCGGCACAGCACAAUUUACUAUUGACAUCAAGUCGUUAAAGGCGAACAAAGGUGGCAGCUUUCCAGCAGGUGGUGUCUUGGAGCUUUCGGCUACAGUUCAUGAGUCGGCCACGGGAAAAGAAGAAUCGGAAUUUGACGACUCGGUUAAGUUUGUGAGGGCCCCGUAUAUAUUUGAUUUAUCCAGAUCCAAGACUACGUUUCGAAAAGGUUCCAUUUACUAUCUGCAGGUGCUUGCAUUGAACGUACUUGGAAUAAAGGCCGCGAAUAUAACGUUUAACGUAGAAGUGUACAAUGCCAAUCGAAUAAUACAUUCUCUUACCCGAAGGACAGACAGUUCCGGUCAAUCAUUAGAAGAUUUACAAUCUGGUGUAUUUGCAAAUCCCGGCACGUACACACUUAAGGUGUUUACUCCUGGCUUUAGCAACUAUGGUGAGCAGAUACAAUUGCAGCCUUUUACCGCCGACGAAACAAACAAUAUCGUCGUCGAGAAAGUUGAUUUGGAAGGACACCCACAAAUGAGAGCAACCACAAAUAUUCAGAAACAUAACGAAUAUACAGGGAUACUUUUCGUGGUCUUCGCUAGAGGAAAGAUUGUAUAUCAUGCACACAGGACAGCUGCCAUGCAUCUAUCGGUACCACUGGGGGAAGAUAUCAUAGCAAAACUGGCUCCUGUUGGCAGAAUUGUAGCAUUCUAUGUCGAUAAAAGGUCUGACACGGUCGUUGCUGACUCGUUAUCAUUCUACAUUGAAUCAGAUCAGCGCAAAAAUAAGCUGAAAAUCGAACCAGCAAAACAGCAAGUCUUGCCUGGAGCCUCAUCGCCAUUAUCAGUUUUUGGACCAUCGGGCAUGUGGGUUGGCUUUAACGUUAUCGACAAGGCGUUACUGCUUCUUAACAGCGAUAAAACAUUGACCCAUGACAAGCUUCUUAAAGAGAUAGGAAAUCAUGACCUUGGCUGUGGAGCGGGUUCGGGAACGACAACUGAGGAAAUACUCAAGAACGCGGGUGUUACUCUUCUAAUAAGCACCGGCACACUCAACAAGGAUCGUCUACAACGCCAUUCUGAAGGCUGUAUGGGGACGAAACGUCGCCGACGUUCUUUGACUGAAUGUUUAUACGGCGCCGAUCUGUUAUGUUGCUCUGAGGGUAUUGAAUACGCAAACGAAGUUAAAACAAAUUACACGGACGCCCUUAAAACGAGGGAGUCCGAUUAUGAAGUUGAAGAGCCGGUCCCGAAUAUAGUGUGCUAUGCAAGAGUAAGACAGCUUGCAAAGUGGUAUGGUGAACUUCCACACAAGUGUCUGAUGGCGUAUUACAGAUCAUGCUUGGACACACUAACAGACGCCCUGUCAGAAACCUUAUUAGCUAGUGGUCGAUCAGUGUUUGACUCUCAGACCCAAUAUCAAAUGGAUAUCGACAGACUUCCAGGAAGAAUGUUAACAGUUCGGCGGCAAUUCGAUACUUCCUUCUUUUUUGAAGAGCAUAUGAUAAGUGGCAGCAACUUCACACAUAACUUAAAAUUCAGAGACUCUAUAACGGAGUGGACAAUUCAAGCGAUUGGCAUCUCGGAGGACGAUGGACCGCAUAUCGCCGAGUCAAAAGAUGUAAAAACGUUCAAAGACUUCUUUGUUCAGGUUGAUCUUCCAUACAAAGCGACUCGGAAAGAACUUUUCAAUGUCAAAGUGACUGUGUUUAAUUAUGUGCAAACUGAACUGACUGCACGCGUGUACUUGAAAGGCGUUGACAAGUUGUGUUACGGCACAACGCCUGGGCAGAAUUCACCUCCACAGACCCUAACGCUGCCUCCGAACAGCGCAAAAUCCAUGUUGUUUGGAGUUAUAGCGCUUGAAGAAGGUAAACGUCCUAUAACGGUAUCGGCAUUGGUUGUCGACGACCAUCAACCAUAUGUGGAUAUUGUGGAAAAGCAGUUAUACGUUGUGAACGAGGGGAUUCAGGAACGGAAGACGAUCACAGUAUGCCUUGAUCCUGCUAAUAAAUCAAAAAGUUGCAUUAACAGUCCCGAAGUCACGAGAAAUCAACCGUCUUUUAGUGGGAUCAGACCUUCGGUAACGAUGACCGUCGACUUAACACUCCCCGUAUCGGCAUUACGAGGAUCAGGAUUGGCAAACGCAUACCUUUCAACAAAUAUGAUGUCAAAACCAGUUGACACUGUCAUCCAUGGCGUUGGGGGCAUGCUUAAUAUGCCAGGCGGUUGUUGCCAACAAACGUUUUGGAGUACUGUACCAGUUGUAACCGGUUUGUACUACUUGAAACAAACGGGUACCAUUACAGAGCAGCAAAAGCAAAGUGGACACAUGUUUCUGAGUAACGGAAUACAACUGCUUACAGUAAAGGGAUGCAUCAACAGCGAUGGUUCCUUAAACACUCAUCAUUUUUAUCGACCUGCAUUAUGGAUCACGGCGUUUGUUGUCCGAGUCAUGUGCCAGGCCGAGCAGGCUGUUCCAGGUAGUUUCGGUCGCAGCAGAAUUGAACAAAUGCUGGGGUAUCUUUCGACACGAACCCGAGAUGGAUACGACAAUUUUAUUGAUUUGAAUCCAAUCUAUUCUUCAAAGGAUUUUGGUCCUUCCCUGACUGCUUACGUUCUGGCCACAAUGCAAGAAUGUCAAGAUCGCACUCAGAGUAUUCAAAACUCGAUACAGACAUCGAUUUCAGCGCUUGAGCGAUUGUCAGACUCAACACUUAUAGCCAAUCCGUAUCUGUUGGCGAUAUCUACAUACGCACUUGCAUUGUCUAACAGUACCAGCAAAGAGCGUUUUUUUACAAGGUUGCGAGAUAUGAAGAGAGAUGACGGAGAUCGCAUGUAUUGGUCGAAGAGCAUCGGAUUGUCAGACGCAGAUACGAUUGAGACAACCGCAUAUGCCUUGUUGGCGCAUCUUCAAUUUGAUGACAUGCACUCUAGUCAGAAAAUAGCUGCAUGGUUGACGCAAAAUGUUCGGGGCUCAGGCAGUUGGUUGACGACUAAGGACUCAGCCGUUGCAUUUCAAGCCGUGGCGGCUUUCAGUGCGAGAAACUAUAUUCCCGAAGUUGACCUGGAGACUAGGAUAGAGAGCGGUGACGGACAAUGGGUUAAAACAAACCAUCUAAGCAAUCAAAAUACAGUUCUGAAUACACUAAUUCCAGGUUUGAAAGUUCCGAACGGCGACACGCUUAAAGUGAGAGUAACAGGCGUCGGAACAGGUAUUUUAAAGAUAGACCUAUUCUACAGUCGACUUGCAGAGGAAGACGAGAUUUGUCCCUUUGAAAUCAGCCCAAUCAAAAUCAAAGACGUAAUCACAGAGAUUGCUGAUAAUCAAGAGAUUCGUCUUAUUGAUCCACAAAGACCAUGCGAUGUGUGCGGGUAUUGUCCGGAAUCGGAGUCAGUCAAUGUAAACAUUAGUCUGCUACAAAGACGGCAAAAACGUCAGGUGCAAGAGGAACGUCCAAUUCUGAAAUGUGUUGAGUUCAGCGUAAGAACUAAGUCACCAAGUUAUGAGGCGGGAAUGUCGAUUGUAGAGGUCAAUUUAGAAACGGGCGUGAGAGUUGUGGAAUCAGAUCUGAAGAUUUUACAGAGCAAUUACACCGUGUUUCCCUUAUAUGAAAUGCCAACAGACGGGAAAGGAUUCAUCAUAUUUUACCUUUCAAAGAUAACGUCCCGUCCGAUAAACUUCAUCUUUCGGCUUAAGGAUGAUUUUUCGGGAAAUGAAACUACACGUCAGGGGGCAUCAGUUCGAGUCUACGACUAUUACAAUCCAGAGAAGACCUGUAUGAAACAGUAUAGUAUCAACCCUAACAAAGCGAAUACAGUUGCCAUGGCAUGUGAACGUGGUGAACAGUGCAAAUGUGUUCAAAGUCAGUGUUCUCAGCCAGUUGAUGACGAACUGUUCCGAAUGGCAUCAGCCUUUGCCAAGGCAAAUGCCGCACAGAAGCGCACUCUUCCAAAACCCGUUGACAAACUGAUGGAAUAUGCGUGUAACUUCGAAAAGGCCAAUUACGUGGUCCACGUUACGAUAAUAACUGUUGCCAACGACACCCAAAGAAACGUUAGAUUUGCCAGCUCGACCGUUAAAGACGUUCUUCUACAAGGUGGAGGUAACAUACAGGUUGGUGACGAAAUAGACUUCGAAUGGCAAACAGAUUGUGAACAUCCAGCUUUUGAAGUUGGCCAACCCUACUACGUCAUCGGAAAGGAUAUCUCAAGGUUAAUAGAUGGCGACGUCAAAAGUGUAAGGUACGAUCUGAUGGGUACGACUCUUGUGAUAAACCCCAGGUACAAAGAUCUGCUGGGUAGGGCCAUGAACAACUUUGCAGCAGAACUUAAAAAGAACAACGGGUGCACAAACUGAUCAACAUUGCUCUCUUUUGUUGUACAUAAUAUGUGGUCAGUCAAACCAUAGAGUAGUGGGUAGUUUUGAAAUGAAUGUAUUAAUUCAACAUAGCUUCCCAAAAGUUGAUAGCAUCACUUAGUAACUUUCUAGUUGCAACAUUUUUUUUCACAACGAAUUAAUCUGAUAUAGUCUUGCUUACCGAACCGUUAUACUAUUUACACCGUUCUAUAUAUUGUUCUGAAUUCUUAUUUCCAUGCCAUGAAAUUUGAGUAUACAAAACACAUUUCCUUAAUGGUGGCCUCCACAAAACUAAAUGUUCGUUUGAUUUUCUGUCAGACUCGUAUUGGCAGAUACAACCUAGACGCCCUGCAUACCCUCGUCUCUUGAUCGGGAGGUCCCGGGUACGAUUUGCCACUUCAUUUAUUUACUAUAUGCGCCUACUGCCAUGUACUUUCGGCCCAAUAUUGUUUAUGUUAAAAAAUUGCAAAGGGAUAUUUGUUAUUGAUUUGUGUUUAUUUCCACGAUAGGUCUUACUCCCAAACUGAAAACAAAAAAACUUAGUAUGCAGCAUCACUACUGAAAUGACAUGCCAAUAUUGUUAAUUUUAGCCGAUCGGAUGAAAUAAUCUUCCGAACAUCAUGAUAACUUACAGUUUAUUCAAUGCACAUAUAAAUUAAUGUUUAUUUGACAUGUGUAUAUUGCCUCGCCAAAUCAGUCACUUUUCCAGUGAAGAUCAUAUGUUCUUGCUUAAACUAUAUGUAGGGAGUGAUGCUGUUAAGGAUAGUGACAUGGUUCAUGGUCUGUAGAUUAACUUGGAUUUUCAAGUACAAAUGUCAACCUCUGUGCGGCAACAUGGAGUGAUUAUAUACCAAAUCGAGUUUUCGAAGGUAAAUAUAAUCUGAAAAGGUCAAAUUUCAUUAAAAUGGUAUGCAUUACAAUGUAAAAAAAACAAUGUUAACAAUAUUAUAUAAUUUAAUUGUAUGAUUGUUUUACCUUACAACAUUGGUUAUUGUGAACGAACAAGGCAUGUACAUGUUGAUUUACUGUCACAGUCAUAUUUAGAGGUCGGUCCUCAAAAUUGACAUUACGCUCGCCCGGAAGCAGCCGUAAGUCCUACUUAUAUUCAUUGUUCAGUCCUUUUGGUGCUUGGAAUCAAACUUUGAAGUAAAGUGUAUAAAUAAUAAGGAAAUUUUGAACUUUUUUACGAAUGUUAACUGAUAAGGCUAAGUAAUAUAUGUAAAUAUUUCAUUAUGUAGACUCUGGCAUGCCUAGAUAUAUAUGUAUGUAUUUGUAUAAUAAAGCAUAUGAAAACGC